GGUCGGGCUGUGAGUAGCUUUGUGGAUAUCUGGGAGGUGCGCGCUGGUGCUGUGUGUAUCUGUCCAUCUCGGCUGGGCGGCUGUGCCCUUCGACUUGUGACGGAAACGAGGCGGCUGGAAGCCCGGCAGCCGCCCCUUGGCCAGCUGUCUUGUUCAGAGCUUAGCUCUCCUGACUGAGGAGCGAAGCGCCACGUUCAAGGCGUUUCACUGUGAGUUGCAGUUUUGCCUUGCUUCCUGUCUGCGGAGCGGAGGAAGAUUUUCAGAUAAGCACUCCACGUGGCUGGUGGCAAGGACAAGCACUGCUGACCGCGGAGGGCCUGGAGAGGGACAACAUCACAGGGACAGAUCCUUGUCGUUUCCCAAAGAUGCUGUGGAAGUAGUAUUUUUCUCUUGGUUUCUUUCAAACUUCCUUGCCUACCAUGGGCUGCAUAAAAUCCAAACAGACUUUCCCAUUUCCUGCCACACUGGAGCUUGAGAAGCAGCAUGAGAGUGAAGAAAACUUUAUGCCAGAAGAGGGAUUACCACCGGGGAUGCCUCCGCCCAUGACAGUCAAAGAGGAAGUGAAGGAACCCCCAGGGACCAACGUUGUGAUCUUGGAAUAUGCACAUCGCCUGUCCCAGGAGAUCUUGCAUGAUGCCUUGCAGCAGUGGGCCAAAAAUAACAUCAAGUACUAUGACAUCCCUUACAUUGAGAGCGAGUGCCCUUGACCCUGCAGGAUGUCGACACUGCUGAGCUGCGGAUACAGUCGGUGCUAGCUUAGAUACAUGAA